ACGGAGAUAAACGGUGUGGAUUGUUCUUCUUCAUUUUAAUGCUUUUUAUAAACAGAUCAUUUACCUGGACGCUGGUGUGAGUCUCUGACUUUCUCCACAACACCUUUAACACACGCUCCUGGCUUUAUGUUGCUGCUGAAGAUGAGGGAUGUAAAGUUAAUGUGCUUUCUCCUCUUCAUGUUGGUGGCCCUGGGCUCGCAGGCCGUGGCAGGAUGCCCGAGGGUGUGCGAGUGUCCUCCCGAGCGCCCCGUGUGUCCUCCAGGUGUGAGCUUGGUACCUGAUGGCUGCGGAUGUUGUAAAGUUUGUGCUGCUCAGCUAAACGAGGACUGCCAUGAGGGUCGGCCAUGUGACCACCAUAAGGGGCUUGAGUGCAAUUACGGCAAUGAGGUUGGGAGUACACGUGGAAUCUGCAGGGCCAAACUGGAAGGCCGCUCAUGUGAGUAUAACGGCCAUAUGUACCAGAACGGAGAAGACUUCCGCGCCGGCUGUAAGCACCAAUGCACAUGCAUCGACGGUGCUGUGGGCUGUUUGCCUCUCUGCCCUACAGAAGUAAUCCUGGCGUCACCUGCCUGCCCCUCACCGAGACUGAUUAAAGUACCAGGACAGUGCUGCCCGAGCGUGGACUGCCAUCGCGGAUCCUCAGUGCUGCCCCCAGUCUACAGAGUCCCACAGCCACCGCCUUACAUCUACCCUCACCUUGCACCCUACCCUAAACCCUUCCCUAAACCUUUCCUCAAAGACUACCUAAAGAAUUACCCAACCAGACCACAGGAAACCCUGAGUAACGAGCUAACGGAUGUGGGGAAGAAGUGGGACAAGCCUCGUAGUCACAAACGCAUAACAGCCUGGAAGAAACUGGAAAGCCCUGACAAGUGUGUGGUCCAGACUACGAAGUGGUCACCGUGUUCUCGGAGCUGUGGGAUGGGCGUGUCUUCCCGCGUCACCAACCAGAACGCUCAGUGCAAGCUGCUGAAAGAGACGCGCCUGUGCACCAUCAGACCCUGCAGCUCCAUGGCCGUGCCUGUGAAGAAAGGAAGGAAAUGUUCUCGCACGCAGAAGUCUCCUGAGCCGUUACGACUCCACUACGCAGGCUGUCGCAGUGCUCGUCUCUACCGUCCCAACUACUGCGGUGUGUGUCGGGAUGGACGCUGCUGUUCACCGCGCCGCUCCCGCACCUCGCCCGUAGCCUUCUCCUGCCCAGACGGUGAGCGCUUCGAGAAAGCUGUAAUGUUCAUCCAGUCUUGCAAGUGCAGCGACCAGUGCGACCACCUGAAUGAAGCCUCGCUCACACCGCAGCGCUGGCUCUAUGGAGACACACACAAGUUCAUCGACUAGCCGUCUGGCCUUUGCCUGACUCCAUCCUGUUUGCUUUCCCCACCGAACCCUGCUAGAGUAGGCGUGCAUCUUAAGAUCAGACAUAGAACCGACAGCCUGGAAUCCCAAACACUUGUAGAUGAAGUGAGAACCUGGACAACGUGGACGAGGGCCGGCAGGUGUAUUUAGUAUAGUCAUCUUGUAGACAUUUUUUUAUUUGACCUGCGAAUACAAAUGCAGCCUCUAUGAAAAGACUGCUGGACUAGUGGACUAGCAUGAAAAGUCAUGAUUAAACCUGAAAGAAGUGUGUCCUUUAAAGUGUGUCCACAUGGGGAAAUGUGCUUCUCAUGAUUGUUUUCCAUUUUCUCCAGAAAAGAUCAUGGGAUAAACCCAUAAACUCUCUUAGUCUUUUUUUAUUUGUUUUUUAAUAUGCAGAUACUGUAGAUGGUAUUUAUUUUGUGUAAGAUAAACGAGCAACUUUUUGCUUAACGCGACAAAAAGGAAACGUGAUGGAUUCCUGGAAUUAAAACAGACUUGUUUUCCAGCACAAAAGAAUGUGGCCUUACUCCACGUGAACUUGACUUUGACCCUGAUUCGCCAGCGCCAGUGAUUUUUCUUUAUUUUAGCCUGAGGAGCCAGGAAAAGAAAAAGAAAGGUUUGCCAAUGGCCCUAGCUUUUUGCUUGUCCACACAGCAAAUUACUCCCCUCUGGUUUUGCUAUUUAAAAUAUAGUUUUUACAAAACGCCAGUGAAUGAAGUAAACAUGUAAUUUUAAAAGUGAAAAGCAGGGACCGCUCCCGAUUCGCUCUGUAAUCUAGCAACCCAUGCCUGAAGACUGGGCGGAUGAUGCUGGCGCUCUUUUACGACGCUCGCGGUCUCCGGUCCUGCCUCCUGGCUCUGAUAUGCUAGACGCUGGAGGUGACAUCAUUCUCAUUUAGCGAGACCAAAAACUAUCAUGCAGAACAUCAAGCGCAGCAACCAAGUGACUCAGAAGUACAAUCCACACCUGGACUCCAGUUCUCACACUCCAGAUUCAACGACUCAUCACUCCAGACCAGAUUCAAACUGCAGAUGUAUAUACAUUAUUGAUGGCUUGAUGUUGAUGAUUUUUCUAUCAAACAUGCAUUUUUGAAAAAAUAUGUGCACCUUCACCCUGCUUUGAAGAGUAUCCAUGACAUUCUAACAGAAAUGGUUUCAUGAAAAUAUUAAACUUGGUUGUAAAAUUCUGCUUUUGACUGUAACCAUAACUUUACCACAUUCUUACCGCACCAGACUAGCAUCGAAUGACUAACCGGCCUAGCUUGCAAAUUGGAUGAUUUAUUAUCAGUGAUCCAAUUCUUAAUAAUAAUAAAAGUCCCACCUCGGGUCUGUGUGCAAAGAGCUUGCAAGGGUCGGGAUAGCUCACUGGUUAAGGCAUUGGUUCAGAAGAUCCCAGGUUCAAAUCCCAUGAUCACCAAGUUUUUCCUGUUGGGCCCUUGAGCAAGGCCCUUAACCCUCAACAAGAUGUAUAAUAAGAGGUAGGUCACUCUGAAUAAGGGUGUCUGCCAAAUGCUGUAAAUAUAAGUUCUCUUCAUGCUUGGUUUUCUUCGGGUACUUCGGUUUGAUCCCACAGUCUAAAGACCAGCAUUCCCGGUGCAUUGUGCAUAUGUGCCCUGGGAUGGAUUGGCACCCAGUCCAGUGUGUAACUUGCCUCCUGGAAUAGGCUGCCAGAAUCUGUACAGACGCUUCUAUCAUAAAGUUGUUAUAGCCUGGAUGAAACUUCACUAAAAAGAUAUUUCCGUGUGUUUGUGGGAAUCUGGUCAACUUGGGUGGAGAAACAUUGCACGGGAGCUACGUUAAAGUUUGAGCAGCGUACAAUUGACGUUUCAUCAAACUGUUCCCUUAGAAACAGAUUUUUUAUUUGAGUAAAGCGUGUUGUAUAAUUUUUUACUGUUAUUUGUUGUUUUUUUGGUUGUGCAUUAAUGUUUUUUUUUAUGUACUGUAUUAGCUGUCUGUAAAGCGCUUUGAAGGACUUAUUUAUAUCCAGCAUAUAUACAGACUCAAACUCCGGGAUUCAUGUCUUCUUGACUUGUAAACACACAUCAGACACAUCUUGUGUAAACACACAUCAGAUAUCCUUUCUGAGUGAACAGUCUGAACAAUAUGCCUUCAUUUGUCCUUGAGAAAUAAACCAAAAGAGUUACCAUUGUUAUUGUCUUUGGUCGACGACGCACAAGUCGCUUAGAAUGUUUUUUUUUUUUCUUUUCAGAAAU